CUCGAGAAAUGGCCAUCCAACCGUUUGCGCAUGCGCCGUAGUCGGCGUUUUAAAACAAGUCUUGAGGAGGGAACAUGAAGACAACCUGAAGCCCCACUCUUGAUAUGGUCGAGCUGUUGCGUCCACAUGGGGAGUCGGUGUGGAGCUGCAGGAUGAGAAGUGGUCGUGUUCGCCAUGACUCUGAGAUCCAAACACUUUCUACAACCGGCAUUUAAAAGUAAGGCUGACACGGAAGACUUCGUGGUCAACACCGUGAGCGUCAAGAGCGAGCCCUGCGACUUUGUUAUUGAUGUCCAGGACGUUCGCAGGGGGGAGAUCCCAAGCAGAUCGAAAAACUUAGAUCAGAGUUUCAUGACAAGCGAAGUCGCACUUGCUGCCACAGCUCCAGAAACGGUUCAGGGAGACAAACAGGUGGGGAUAACGUCCCCUGUCAGACCAAUGGGGGGUGAGGGAACCCCGGUGAAAGGUAAACCCCUCUCUGUUGACAGCAUGGAUAACCCUCAGAUGGCGGUGAACAAUAAUUCAAAGGAUGCUGGUGCUGAUGAUGGCACCAAAGGGGUUGUUCCUGGAGUUCUCGGGACUGCUUCCAUUGAACUCUCAUCUGAAGGAAAGUGGAAGAACAUCCGGAAGACCCCUGCCAGUCCGCAUGCACAGGCCAACUGCCUCCGACAGAUUCUCCUCCUACAGCUUGACCUCAUUGAACAGCAGCAGCAACAGCUGCAAUCCAAGGAGAAGGAGAUUGAUGAACUCAAGGCUGAUAAGGAGAUGUUGCUUGCACGCAUUGAGCGAAUGGAACGUCGCCUCCAGCUCACAAGGAAGGAUGUGCCCCGUGAUAAGCGCCUUUUUCAGCCCCUCGAGACGUGGACACCUGACAAAGAAGACAUAUGGGACCUGGACAUGGAGGAAAGUCCACAGCCCAACGCAGCCACUCCUCUGCCAUUCAGCAAAGGUCAAAAGAGGAAAUCUUGCUUCACGGAUCCGAAGGUUCAAAAAUCUCGUGCUAAAAGUGCAAAACUCAGCCCCCAGAAGUCUGAGACGGAGCCCGGGUCUCCCAACCAAAGAGAGCUGCGGAGUAAGGAAACCCCAGAGAAGUCUGUUCCAGGCAGGUCCGGUGCAGAAAGAGACGUUUUGCUUCCCUGUAAAGAGGAGCCUGAGCUGAGCUGCCAGAUGGAGGACCUGCCCUUCAUGUCAACCACAGAGAUGUAUCUCUGUUGCUGGAACCAACCUCCUCUGUCCCCUCUGCGUGAGACUUCCCCUAAAAAGGAGGAAGAGGUGGCCAGUGAGUGGACUCCUCAUGUAGUUCAUGAUAUGCUGAUUGUUUUCCCCUCUUGGAGGGAAAACCACAUAGAGCCUUUGGAUGAGGAUGCCAGUAAUAUCCAUGAGCCGCUGGAUGACGGCGCGUUUCUGAAACGCCACGCAAAGCUGGAGCUGGACGAGAAGAGGAGGAAAAGAUGGGAUAUCCAGCGAAUUCGGGAGCAGCGCAUGUUCCAGCGUCUGCAACAGCGCAUGAACAGAAAGAAGAUCGUCCAGGAAACGGAGCCCGAGCUGUCGUCCUUCUACCCCGACACUGAAGACGUUGAAGCGAUAGUCAUCACUCCAUUCUUACCUGUGGUUGCAUUUGGUCGGCCGCUGCCCAGACUCUCCCAGCAGAACUUCGAGCUGCCCUGGCUGGACGAACGAAGCCGAUGCCGGAUCGAGGUUCCCAAGAAACACACGCCUCACCGAACUUGUCGGAAGUGAAGGCUGAACCACAUUGAGAGCAGGAUGCUGCUACCCCCAGCCUGAAUUUAAAAA